GAAAAUCUAGAGAGGUAGAGAAUUUUUUUGAGGAAGCUAGAUUGAGAGGGAGAGAGAAUGGAGGGCAGUUUAAGCCAGCUGGGUUAGAUAGAUGGAUUUUGAUUCUGAUGAAAAAAUAAAAAGCCCAUUUGCGAGAUUUUACUUUUAUUUAUUUAUUUUUGGUUCAGAUAAAUGAAAACGAGGAGAGAAGAAGAAAAAACGGAAGAAAAAUUUAUUAUAUAAUUUAUGCUGCAAUAAAUUAUAUCGAGUAUAAAUAAUAAAUAGGGAGAGUUUGUUGUAUGGAAUUGUGUGUGUGUGUGAAAUUUUGCAUGCUCUUCAUCUCAUCUCUGAACCCUUCAUUUUGUGGAUCGUCACAGAUAGAUACUCUAAACUGCUGUAACCCACAAUUUCCAAUACGCAGAUUGAUUUCUGCGACUUCAAACGACGUCGUACAGGCGGCCACUUCGCUCUUUCUUCUUUCUCAUCGGAAUUUGCCUAACGCAAGGUAAGGCUGUGCGAUGCAACCACGAUGGUUUUCACCUGAUUUUUUUUUUUUUUACCAGUUAGGGUUUUUUUAUUUGAUUAUUCUAAUUUCCUUUUUUCCCCUUAAAAUCGAUUUUCGCUCUUAUUAAUUUUUGCUUUGUUUCAAACUGUUCUGUCUGUGUUGAGAUGAAUUUAUUUGAACAGUUGGAUACUUGUUGGUUCUGACAGGGGAAGCUAUAAUUCUGUGUGUGGUUGGAUUUGGGUUUGAUUUUGUCUUUGGAAAGGGUUUUGGGACUUGAAGGAUUUUUUUUUUUUUUUUGGAUGGGGGUGGGGACCUUUUAGCACACUUCAAUUAGGAUUUGCAAAAUUGCAAUCUCUCUUAGAUUCUUGGUUUAGAGAAGUAUUUCACGGAGUGGUACCUGCUUAGAACCUUUUUCUGAAAAAGUUGUGGCAAUGUUUGUUAAUGUGAUUUGGAUGUAAAUUCUGAAUGACAUUGAGAAGUUUCCAGCUUCUAGAACCUCAGGUAUGAGUCAUCAAUCAUCAUAAUAUUCACGAGAACGUGCAGAAAUAACAGGCUGAAUCUGAAAAAAAGUGUGUCAAAAUAUAUCUAUGAUUCAGAACAUUGAUAUGAGACUUGAAUCGGGAACCUGCAAUGUGUGCUCAGCUCCUUGUUCAUCUUGCAUGCAUCUUAACCAUGCUCUCAUGGGGUUAAAGGCUGAAGAGUUUUCUGAUGAAAACUGUCGCAUAGGAGAGGCUAAUUCUAUGGAUGAGGAUAAUGAAUAUUCUCUUAGGAGCAGAGCUUGUGAAAGCUCACAGCACACUGUCAGUGAAGCAAGUAAUAUGCAGAGUGUGAAUUCAAGUCAUGACGCACUGUCUGAAAAUGCUGACAGUAGACAGAUCAUACUGAAUAAGUAUCAGGAUUCCAAGCAUUUAGAAGGUCUUGAUGACAACACUUCUUGUAUUAGUAGAGCCAGUGAUGCUAAUUUAGUGAACGAUAGCCAUCAAAGGAAUGAAGAGAGAAUAAUAAUGAAUGUGGAAAGGGAUUCAUUUUCUCAUGUCCCAGAAAAGUUGUCAGAAUGCUCCAUUGAGAAUUCUAGUUCAUCAUUGACCAAAGAGAGGGAACCUGUUGUUUCUGGCGAGAAAUAUAUUGCUGUUAUUGAGAGUACUUCUAAGAUUUCACUAAAAGUAUGUCCUAAGUCAGAAGCAGAUACUGAUGUCUGUGAUGCUAACAAUGAAGAUCCUAAAUAUGCAGUUCAAGACGGACAGUGUGAGAAAGCUCAAGAGCUGGUUAAAUCCCCUGGCAAGCAGGAACCUCAAUCUGAUGACGAGAGUGAUGAAUCAGAUGUUGUGGAACAUGAUGUAAAGGUGUGUGACAUCUGUGGAGAUGCUGGUCGUGAGGAUCUACUUGCCAUAUGUAGUAGGUGCAGUGAUGGUGCAGAGCACACCUACUGCAUGCGAGAAAUGCUUGAGAAAGUCCCUGAAGGGGAUUGGUUAUGUGAAGAAUGCAAAGAUGCAGAGGAGAAUGAAAAUAAAAGACUGGAUGUUGACGACAAAAAAAUGGUUGAAGUUAGUUCAACCUCACAAGUUUCUGGCAAAAGACUCUCUGAUAACAUUGAAGUAGCUCCAGCAGCAAAAAGACAAGCUCUUGAAUCAAGUAUAGGAUCACCAAAGACGUCAAGUCCCAAGAGAUUAGUUCCACUGUCCCGAGAAUCUUCAUUUAAGAGCUUAGAUAAAUCAAAAGUGAAGCCUGGUCUUCUGAUGCCUAUUCGAAACCACUCUGGUGGUAUUGAUACAGAGAUUGCUCGCUCUCCUUCCAUUGGUCCCCGGGGUCAAAAUCCAAAAGGUAUGCUGUUGAAGUCUAAUUCAUUCAACAACUUAAAUUCCAAGCCAAGAGUCAAACUUGUUGAUGAAGUUGUUCCCCCCCCCAAAAAAGGGGGUAAUGAACAUACUUCUAAGAACAUGGAGAUGCCUGCUCGGGUGACUGGAAAAUCUACAUUAUUCAAAUCCUCAAGUUUGGGGCGAUCAAAUGCAACUGAAUCAAAAGUGAAAAUGCUUUCGCCAAAGUCUGCAACUACUCAGGAUUUGAAAGGAUCUAGACAUCUAAAAGAAUCAGGUGCAUUUGACAGGAAAUUUCCAUCUAGGAUUGAUCGUCCUGUGGCUAGUUUGGUUGUUUCCACUCCUAAGGGUGAUCAAAAGCUUACACCUCAUGCGGAAAGCAGUAAAGCUUCAGCAAUGAACAACAAUCGAGAGUUGAAGGUUAACCAGGAUGGAAAAUCAUGUGCAUUACCAAGGUCAAUGAGUAAUAUAAGCCGGAAAAGUUUGGAGCCUCAAGUUAGUUCAGAGAGAACAUCAACCCGUGUUGAUGAAACUCAACAGGAUGUGCUGUCUCAAUCACGGGAGACAGCAAAUCAGGUUGAGAGAAGCAGAGAUAGUUCUAGUGAUCGUGGAAGGCCAGCUGUUCCUACUUCAAAAAACCCAUUAUGUCAAAAAUGUAAGGAAUUUGGCCAUGCUUUGGAAUGUUGUACAGCUGGUUCUACACAGGAAUCUGGUGCUGAAAUAUCUGUCACUGCCUCGAGUAGUUCAAAAGAGGAGAUGCAUAAAGACAAUAUAUUGAAAGUUGCAAUCCAGGCUGCUUUACUCAGAAGGCCUGAAAUUUACAAGAAGAAAGAAAUAUCUUAUCAAACUGACGAGGUUUCUACCUCAGGCACAGAGUUGAAUUGCGAAGUGACUUCAAAAGACCAAGUUUUGGUUUCCAGCACACUGAAGAAUAGCAUAUCUGCUGAUGAAACCCAAGAACAACAAGAAAUCCUUGAGAAUUCUACCUCAGAUUCUUCCAAAUGUUCAUCUGCCAAUGAUUUGAAGCAACUUAACUCUUGUCCAACUGACUUUCGGUCCAAACCAGGAAAGUCAGAUUCCAUUGGUCUUGCAGCUGGAAAGCCUGUAGUGAGAGACUUGUCUGAUAAAGCUGUGACAAUGUCCAGUGUUCCUUUGAAGAUGUUGGCCUUUCCUGAAUAUGAAUACACCUGGCAGGGUGUCUUUGAAGUGCAUAGAAAUGGAAAGCCUCCUGAUUUAUAUACUGGAUUUCAGGCACAUCUAUCCUCUUGUGCUUCUCCUAAGGUUCUUGGGGUAGUGAACAAGUUUCUACCCAAAGUUUCCCUCAGUGAAGUUUCUCGCUUGAGCAUGUGGCCUUCACAAUUUCUUCAUGGUGGUGUUAGUGAUGAUAAUAUUGCUCUUUACUUCUUUGCCAGGGAUGUUGAAAGUUAUGAGAGACACUACAAGGGUCUAUUGGAUCACAUGAUUAGAAAUGAUUUAGCACUUAAAGGAAAUUUUGAUGGUGUCCAACUGCUGAUAUUCCCUUCCAACCAGCUUCCUGAAAAUUCGCAGCGCUGGAAUAUGUUGUUUUUCUUAUGGGGCGUAUUUAGGGGGAGGAGGAUCAAUCAUUCAGAUUCUGCAAAAAAGAUUUGUAUUUCCAGUUUGAAUGUAAUGCCAGUUGAGGAGAAAUCCUCAACUGCCAUUUUAACUAUGCCUGAAACACAUUGUUUGCCAAAGUGCAAGGAUGAAGAAUCAAAUGAUUGUGAUAAAGUAUGCAAUGCAUUUCUCCCAUCCACUUCCAGAGACCAACAUCAGACUAGUGGAAGUAGGAAUGUUGAUGUCAAUGACCAGACACAUUUGGGUUCACAAGUAAACUUAGAGAAGCUAGAUAGUAGGAUUGACUCAAAAUCUACAUCAAGGGUUCCAACAAGCAGUACUCUAUUAUGUCAAGAAAUGAACUCCACUGUUUCAUCCCUGAAAGUUAGUGUCCUUGAACAAGAACAGUGCAGAGAGUCUAAACCUCCUGAAGCAAUGGGAAGAAGUGCAAGUACUAGGAUUGUGGAAACAAAAACUGAUUCUGAUAUUUCUGUCAAGCAAGAGAACACUUUGUCUUUGAUUCCUUCUCAAAAAGGUGCUGCAAGCAAUAUUGGUAAAGAUACAAUUUCAGAGAAAAUAAACAGUGAUGAAGACCAGCAGAGGCCUAAGAAGAAACUAGAAGAGGAUUGUCCCUAUAUUGAUUUGGAGGCAAAUAUUGAUGAUCAAGAAACAGUUGCUGCAAGCAAUUUUAGUAAGGAUAAAAAUUCAGGAACAAUUAUUGUUGAUGAAGAUCAGCAAAGGCCCAAGAGGAAACAGAAAGAUAAUCAUUAUAUUGACUUGGAGGCAACACUUGAAGAUCAAGAAACAGGUGCUGUAAGCAAUAUAUAUGAGGAUAAAAUUUCAAGAAAAAUGGACGUUGAGGAAGAUUGGCGAUGGCUUAAGAGGAAACAGAAAGAUGAUCACUAUAUUGACUUGGAGGCAACUUUUCAUGAAGACCCAAGUGUAGAAGGGAUCAACUGUGGGCUACCUAAUGAUAAAGUUCAGCAUGUAGAUCUUUCUGACACAAUUAUGCAGGGUUCUGCUGUCAGUUGUCAGAAAAUACCUUGGAAUGAGGGAAAUGCCAAGUUAGAAGACAGAGAAAGUUCUGGCAAGAAGUUAAAGACAGGUUUCGGUGGGAUUUAUGGUUCUGGAGGUAGAGACUCUUUUAAUGACAGUUUUACAUCUCUUGGAAAUAAUCUUGGCUCCUGUUCUUCAGUUGAGGACAAAGGAUGUGAGGAAGCUUGUGAUGAGAAAAUCAUCCGGGAGGACUUGGGAACCCUGGAAAGAACCUUCUUUCCAGUUGGCACACAGAAUAUUACCAACUCGCUAUCAGUGAUGGAUAGCAUGUCAACCAAAGGGGUUGGUGAGUAUGAUGAAGGAUUUCAAGAUGGGAUUCCCAAUCUAGAGCUUGCCUUAGGGGGCAAAACAAAACCACCACCAGCUGCGCCUAAGGGUAUGCUGCCUUUCUUAGUUGGGGCAGUAGACAGGCAAAAUAACCGCUCUGAUAACUUGGGAGACAGGCAGGAGGAUGAAGGUGUCGCUGCAUCUCUUUCCCUCUCUCUGUCCUUUCCAUCUCCAAUUAAGGAACAAACAAAAGCUGCAGAGCUUUUGCCUGAUGGGCAGCGUGUGAACAACUCGUUUUUCCUUUUUGGGAGAAAAUAAAUCUGCUGGCUGCUUAUAUGUUGUUUCCAAUCAUGUAAAUUAUCUUAUCUUGUUCCGGAUGGCCCAGCCUGUAUGAUAAAUAGAUAUAAUCUUCCAGCCCCUCCCUACACAAAGGAGCCAUUGUCCUCAACAAGAGUCAAUAAGUUUUUUUUUUAAUCCUUUGUUAAAUACAUGUUUUUGUGCUAGUUUUUUUUCUUUUCAGAAUGCAUAGUUAACGGCUGUUUGUAUAUAUAGAGAGAAUUGAAGCCGGCAUAAAUUCAGAUGUUACUAGGAACUUGCGGAUGACUAUUUUUAUGGCAGGGUUUCCUCUGUUCCUGGCUCCA